UAUUAUAUAGUAUAACUUUCCGAACGCCUAUAAACAAGUGUUAUUGCAAAAUUGUGACUUGCUUCGAUUAAUACAAACUUGUUUGCCGGCGGAUUAAGAGUAAACCCAUCAUUAGCUCUUUACUUAUGGCUUUUCGCCUAAAAAGAUUAGCUUCUAUUCGAACACUUUCCUCUAUAUCAAGAAUGGUUGAAAAUUUGUUAGCCCCAAGACUCGAAUCAGCAACUACUUCUUCCAAUUGUUUAUCUAGAGACCAAAGAGCUUCAAAUCACAGUUCUACUCAGCCGGGUACCAAAGUUCAUUUCGAAUGUGCUUUGAAUUCAAGACUUGAGAAUGGUGGUGUGGAUGACCAACAAGAUUACCAGAGAUGGAGCAAUGGGGGUGGAACUUUUCACAAGUCGGCUCGCAUUGAUCCCUCGGCCUUUGUAGAAGUUGGCGCUGUGGUACAUUCAGAAUGUGCAGUGGGUGCAGAUUGUCACAUUGGCUCCGGAGCAGUCAUUGGACCUACUGUCACAAUAGGCCAAUCAACGAAAAUAGGUUACAAUGUUGCGUUGGCUAAUUGCAUGAUUGGUGACUUUUGCGUUAUCAACAGCGGGGUCUGCAUCGGUCAAGAUGGUUUUGGAUUCUUUAUAGAUGAGCAAGGAAAUAUGGUGAAAAAGCCUCAAACCCUGAAGGCGAGAAUAGAAAACCAUGUAGAAAUAGGUGCGAAUACAUGUAUCGAUAGGGGCAGUUGGAGGGAUACAGUAGUUGGAGAACACACAAAGAUAGAUAAUUUAGUUCAGAUAGGUCACAAUGUAGUGAUUGGGAGAAGCUGCCUCAUUUGUGGACAAGUCGGGGUUGCAGGAUCAGUGACCAUAGGUGACUAUGUAACUUUAGGAGGAAGAGUUGGGAUCCGUGAUCAUGUAAACAUUGCCUCGAAGGUUAGGUUAGCAGCUAAUAGCUGCGUGACCAAGGAUAUUACUGAGCCUGGAGAUUAUGGUGGCUUUCCUGCUAUUCCUAUACGUGAUUGGCGAAGACAAAUUGCUAAACAUCGUCAAACGUUGAGGUCCACCAUCACCACCUCCGUGGCCUAAAGCAGGAACAGAGAAGUCGUUGAGGAAAAUAUGUGGACGAUGAGGACGAAGACUUAGCCAUAAAAUGAAUGUGAUGAGUCCAACAAUGGCAAGAAGGCCUA